UCCAGCUUUCUCUCCGACUCCCUCGCUCUCCUUCUGCUUAUUUAUGUCUCCCAUCUCCUUUCUCUCCCUACCAUUGGCUUUGGAUUUACUUGAGAUACUCAGCUGGGUGAGCUCUCUAGGUUUUCAAAAGUAAUGUCACUUACUAAGGAUAUAUCAAGUUUUUGGCCAGCAGAGCAUAAUGGAUCGCGGAUUUGCUGCAGAUUCCAGGCUCAUCAGAUCUGCUAGUGUUGUGGAGAGCGCAAGGAUUAGGAGGGCUUUGAGCAGAUGGAGGCCAACAGAAGGCCAAAAGAGAAUAUUGGACUAAGAAAGCCAUCUGUGGACAGAGCUGCCGCGGCAUGGUCCAGUGGAAGGCAAGAAAGUAUUCUACUGGUUUCAAAAUGCCGCUGGGAGAGGGAAACGGAAGAAAGAAGACCAGAGAGAUCCUCAAAAUGGCCUUCAGUAUUGAAGGCGCGAAACUGGACAUCGUUAUUCCGUUCGAAGAGGUCAUCUUCUGUACAGGAAGAAGAAGUGGAUCGUGGAUCUGGAGCAGAUUCCAGGCUUAUCAGAUCGGAGUCCAUUUUUGCUAGUGGAAUGAGAAAUCAGUCUUUUGAAGAAAUAAACCGCAUUUCUGCAGAGCUGAAGCCCCAUGGUGCUGUGGAAGAUGAUACUGGAGCCUGCAGGAAUUAUUUCCUUUGCAUUCCUGCAGAUUGGUUUCUCUUCUGUGUAGUGUAGGGUUUCAUAAACAGAGUCUGGAUAAGGACAUUCUAAAUAUGAAAAUGUAGUAGUGGAUUGGUAGUGAUUUCUCUGCCCCCAACUGCAGUAGAUAAUGGUCUCUUUGUAUAUUUUUCUGAUGAAAAACAGUG